GAAGCUGUCAGUUUCUUCAAGGAAAGGUUAAAAUUAUUGGUAAUUACAAAGAGUACCAAACUUAAAUAUUAUCAAGUUUCUUUGUUGAGCCACAGUUUUAUGUGACCGAUUUGCAAGCAGGAUUACCUACAUUUUGAAAAGUGCUAUUUCAGUCAAAAUUUUGAAAAUUAUCAGUGUCAAGUAACAAAAUUUUUCGGGUUUUUGUAUGCCUAUUUGAUAGAGAGGCUGAUAGAUACUGAAACAACUGUGUAGUUGCUAGGAAGCUAAUUCCAUGUGUUUUUACCGAAUGGUUCUUAGUUACAAUCAAGAUUUGGAGUAAUGGCUAAGUAAGGAAAAGAGUCAAAAUGAAUAGUCAAAGUUUCACCCUAGCUGAGCGCUUGAUCCCAGCUACAUACUUACAGCAGGCAGCUGCCUCAAAGAAAAGUCGAGAAAAUCUUAUUCGACUUCUCAUUGAACAGAAAAAAUGGCCAGAAGAAGGUUGGGACGAUGCGACCAUCGAGUUAUUCAUUGCAGAUUUAGCGCAAAUGGACAGCAACAAUUUCCCUGGGAACAGUGGUGUUGGAGAACGUGAAGCCCGAUUUGCGAGUUCCCUUGUUUCGCGGAGACACUAUCGAAUGGGACAUGGAAUUGGACGCUCUGGUGACAUCGGUGAGGUGCAACCGAAAGCUGCUGGCUCAAGUUUGCUAAUAAAGCUAACUAAUGCCCUCCUUCUUGACACUAUUCGAUUCAUGGGUGUAACUAACUCAGCUGGUUGUUUCAUGGUGCCAAUGGCGACUGGAAUGAGCUUAGUUUUGUGCCUCCUGACCAUUAAACAAGAUCGUCCUGGGGCCAAAUUUGUGCUCUGGCCACGCAUCGACCAGAAGUCCUGCUUCAAAUGCAUCAUCACAGCAGGUUUGCAGCCGAUUGUAAUCGAAACUUGCCUGUGCGGGGAUGAGCUUCGCACGGAUGUUGUGGCGUUAGAACAGCAAAUGGCAACGCUGGGCUCAGAUAAUAUAGUCUGUGUCCUCUCAACAACGAGUUGUUUUGCCCCAAGGGCGGCAGACUCCUUAGAGCAGAUAGCCGUUAUCUGCAGUCGAUACAAUAUCCCUCAUCUAGUCAACAAUGCGUAUGGCCUACAAUCAACUCGGCUCAUGCAUUUAAUUCAGGAAGCUGCCAGGAAAGGAAGAGUGGAUGCAUUUGUUCAGAGCACAGAUAAGAAUUUAUUAGUACCAGUCGGCGGAGCUGUAAUCUCUGGCUUUGAUAAAAGUUUACUCGAGAAAAUAGCAAAAAAUUACCCAGGGAGAGCUUCAGCAAGUCCAGCAAUGGAUGUCUUCAUCACCUUACUGUCGUUGGGCAUAAAUGGUUUCAAGAAUCUCAUCAGUCAGCGGAAAGAAAUGUACAAGUACUUAAAGGAGGAGCUCGGAAAGUUGGCUAUGAAACAUGGGGAAAGAUUGCUAGAAACCAAGAACAAUCCUAUAUCUAUUGGUAUGACACUAAAUUCGCUGAGCUCUGGUGCAGACGUGAAACGUGUCUCAAUGCUUGGGUCCAUGCUGUACUUGCGCUGCGUUUCUGGUACACGAGUUGUUAGCAGCAUUGACCACAAAGAAGUAGCUACUUAUAAAUUCGAUGGUUGGGGUGCCCAUCAUAAUAACUACCCAAACGCAUACUUGACAGCUGCAGCAGCAUUGGGUAUGCGCAAGUCUGACGUCGACCUAUUUCUCUAUCGUUUAGACAAGGCGCUGAAUAAGCUCAAGGGACGUAGCACACCAGCCACGCCAACGUCCAUUGAGGAACUCACUAUGUCUGGGCGAAGAUCCGGUGCAGGUAGAAGCACAGUAAAUGGAGAAAGUGCAGGCGGUGACCAAGCCUCAAGCACAAGUACAUCAUUGGCUAGCAGCAAAGACAGCUUGCGCAAGUGAUCACGUUUCCUCUUGCGCCUUUCGUGCUCCCCAACCACCAUUCCAGCUCAUUGUCAUUUCUCAUCGCUGAAAUCGCAUAUUCGAGAAUACCCUCUCCCUGGUGAAAAGUCUAGUUGUAGUCAUGCCCUUUUCUCUUGCAUCACAAAAAAUUUUUUGGUCGGAAGUCAGGUGCAAGUGGGCUGGUGGUUGUAUGCUCGACAUGUUAAAAUUUGCAAUCCGUCUCAAAUUUCCCAGUCAUUCUGGUUUUUCUCGUUAAAUUAUUUUCUUGACAUAUUGUUUCUGUGGGGGUGCUGAAUAUUUUCUUGUUGGCGAAAAAUAUGCUAGGCGCCUAGAGAGGUGAAAAUUAGUGAAAAUGUUUUAGGAAAACUUGUCUUUAAAAUAGUAUAUCUUUCCUUAAACACUUUUUGUCCAAUUUGCGCCUCUCUCUGAAUGAAUUUCACAAUGAUGUCCAAUACUUGUAAAGCUCUCUCUCUUGUAGUUAUACUCUCGUACAAUGCAAUUUCAGAGUGUGAAUUAGUCCGUGGCUAGAAAAUUUUGACAGUUAGAAGAUUUUGCACCCCGUUUUUUAUGAUCUCAUUGUUGUGUUGUUUUUGUCUUGUUUUCUCAUAGUAUUGUCGAAAGUGUCGUCAGCAUUUUCAUUUUCCCUCUCUCCCUGAAUCAUUUGUUGAUUUCAUUUUGUUAUUGUGUUCAUAAUUUUAGUAUCAUACUUCGUUAUGAUGUGACAGCUGUGAUUAGUGAACAGGGUCAGAAUUUCUUGCCAAGAGGCAAACAUCAAAAUAUCCCGUAACUGAUCAUUUUUUCGUCUCGUGUUUCGAGCAUUCAUAGGUUAUCAAGAAAGUUACUCGUACAUUUUUCUUGCCAUUCAUAAUAAUUUUUUAUUUUAUGAGCAUUGAGCACAAGAUCCUUGUAUGACGUGCUAUUCUGUUAUGCUAAGGAAGAACACCGUCUGAACCUUCAGACAUUGCCAAAUUUCCGUUGAUGAAAUACUAAUUUUCUAGGCAAUCUUCCAAUAUAUUUCCACCUAUUUUUCAGAUCGAUCAGAUUUAAAUUAUCUGGAAAUAUCAAGAGAAAAUAUUCACAGCUCUCCUCAAAAACAAAAAAGAAACAUGCAUUAUGCUGGUGGAAAUUUAGCAACUCCUGUACGUUUAUACUGCGUUUUUCCUUAACACAGCAGUACUCUCCCCUUUUUUUUUGGCAAAAGGGGAGUUUGAGGAGUCUGCCCUAUUAAUAAAGUUAGCUUUUUAAAAAAGCUAUCAUAGAAAAUUCUCAUCCUCAAAAUUUCAUCAAUACCGCAUUGAAAACUUUUCACUAUUUGCUCUAAUUUUUUUUCUUUGUUGAUAUCAGAUGAUAUUUUUUUGAUCAAGAGUUCCAUUGGGUAAGCACAGCCUGUGACCAAGUUUGAAAGAUCUUUACAUUUCGUUGACAGUUUAUUGGUUUAAAUCAUAACUAUUACACAUUAAAGCUAUAAAAACCAUUAGUUUCCUCAAUUGCAUAAUCUUUUUCUGUUAGUUUAUUAGAAUUGGUGCUAAGAGCAAGAAUGGCACUUUUCAGCUAGAGUGUUGCUGAAUUUCUGCUGAUAUUUCAUUGAUUAAAAGGGGAACAGUGUAUACUUCUCUGAAAUUUUUAUUGAAUACUCUAUAUGAAUUCAUUAUGUCCCAAGUGAAAAAUUCAAGAAAAACCUAUCAUAAGUUUCUUUUCUCAAGUUUAAAUUAUCAGUGAAGAUUCUGAAACAUUGCAAUUGAGAACUGCUCUUUCUGCACCUAGCGCUUCAAUUAACAUGAAAUUGAUAAAACUUAAAACGAUUUGGCAACAAUUUUUUGAAUGGAUGCUAUAAUUUGUCUAUUUUUCAAUGAAUAUUUGGCAGCCUCUAACUAUCGCGGGAAAUACGAACAAUAUGGGAAACAAAAAUGCCCAUCGCUCUGCACUUUGCCUGCUAAGCAGUGAAAUCCGAUCCUGUCCACUAACCCAUUCCUUUUUAAUUUUCAUUGAAUUUUGAAUGGCUCUGGACUCCAAAAAAAGGUCAAAUUUCGAUCUAUCCACAGCCAUCCAAAAUUUGAAGUGACCAGGGAAGAUAUUUCAGUCAUCUCCUCUUAAAUGGACAGGAUUUUGCAAUUAGGAACUAUAAUUUUGGACUCAGUUUAGAAACAACGUAUGUGCCAUUAAUUUCCCUGCCGACAUAAGUGUUUUUAUGGAUGAGCCAGAAAUUGUAGUUCCUAAUUGCAAAAUGCAGUCCUUUGAAGAUUAUGGGCUAACCUGCUGAUGGCUGAAACUCAUGGAAGUCUGCACCGUAAAUUUCUGGAAGAAACUUGGGCAAGAUAUUUUUGAACAUUUGGAGCGUUCAGUAAUGGUUGUGAGAUAGGAGUGAAGAAGACAUGCUUAAUUUCAGACUUCGUAAGAUAAUCCAUGACACAAUCUAUUGCAUCGCACAGUUGGAAUUGAUGGCCCCAUGAAUUUUAUGAAUUUUUUGAAGGAUGGAAAUGCUUUUCUGUAUUGAUGUUAAGACCCCUAGGAGGUCGAUUAGCGAUAUCAUGCUCUGGUCACUCUGAUUUCAAUGCUCAGUACCAAGCCCAUUAUUAGUUUCUCAUUUUCAUUGUUGAGUCAUUGUUGCUGUUUAUGUUUUUUCAUUUGUUUGUUAUUGUUGGGUAUAGUUUCCAGUUUGUAAAUUUGUUUGUCCGUAAUUCGUUGUUUUUGACUGAACCACUUUUGUUAAGUUUUUUCGCUCCAUCCUGAUUUCAUGCAGCAAUCUUGCGGUAGGCUGUGUAGCCGACCGGAUAUCAUGUUUUGUACGUAUCAUUCCCAGAUACUCCGUCGAGCGGUAGAAAAGGAUGUAUCUAACAGUGUCAAGGGAAGUUCUGUGACUUUGAGAAGUCUAUCUAUAGGAGGUAGUUGAAGAGGGGCACUGGUAACGGCUGAAAUCAAUUUCACCUUGGAUAGCCAUAAUUUUAGCAUUUUCUGACACCAUAAGGUCUGCACUGAGUGAAAAUAAUUUCUUGCCGAUUGUUGAGUCUCAAUCUCAAAUCGAAUAGGAAACCUAAGAAACCUUUUAAAAAAUAGGCAGAGUUUUACCUAAAUUAUUCGGUCAACUUUCUAGGUGUUUAAGACCUCUCGAUUUUAUUUUUGCAUCAAAAAUGAAUAAAAGAAUCCAGUUGACAGUAUCUCUCCUUGAAAGAUGAUCAGUCUAUUUGGCAAAAUCUUUAGGAUUUAAGAGCAGAAAUAUUUUAAAUUCAUUUCGGUCCCAAAUGUCCGAAAACUCAUUAUUCAGCUUUUGUUGUUAAAAAUUCCCCACUUCAUUCAUCCUUUUUGUUUUUAUUAACGCAAUAUUAUUUUUUGUGAACUUUUUAAAAUUCGCUUAUAGAUAUGAAGAACAUUUUCUAAAAAUGUCAAGAAUAAAAAGUUUUUAGUUUUCUCAUAGCAAAGAAUUUAGGGUUGGAAUUGUUGAAACUCUACAAUUGAGAAACAUAAGUGUUUUCAGAGCUCCGCAGAAUCUAGUUGUCUUUGUACGUAUAGUUGAACUUACCAAAAUCACAGCUCUUCCUCAGCACACUGCUACGUAUUGCGUAUGUUUGUAUAUAAAUCAAUGUACACAAGUACUACAGUAUUGUAAUAUAUUGAAAUAAGAUUUCUACUCGUACUAUUUAUAUAGUAUAUGUAAUGCAAUGUACAUACAGAUCUUUAACUCAAUUAGGUCUUUUUUGAUUUUUGCAAAUUUUGUUGGUAGCAAGAGACUUACCAAUCAAUCUGUCACAUUCCAAUUAUCUAGGUAGUGUACCAUUACCACGUACUAUUAUGCUAAUACUAUGAUAAUUUUUAACCACCUAUAAUUAUGGUCAUUAUUCUGUCAUACUCAUUCAUUGUUGAGUCUAGCGGCUAUCCUCUUAAUUUUUUCACUAGGUAGAACUAUUUUUUGAAUUUUAUGAGCAGGAAUGUUCAAACCACCUCGGAAAUCACUUUUCUCAAAGUGUAAAGAUUUUAAUUAAAAUUUUGACGUUUUUAAGUGUGGCGAAAAGAUCGCUCUCUCGGUUUUGAUAUUUUAUUCAUCCUAAUAUUUUAAUGAUCGAUUUCAACAUUUCAAAACAUGGUAAAACCAUCAAACUCUACACCUUUACUCACCAAGUCAUAGACCUCUUUUCAUUUUUAUCGUAAUAAUCCAAGACCAACUAUUUUUAUUUCAUGAAUCUCGCAUAAUUUUUUUGAAUCAUACUGACCAUUUAAAAGUGACCAUUCUCUUAAAAUGUCAUGCAAAAUGAUCAAUUUUCCCUGCUUUUUUCCCCCUUGACAAAUGAAGUAGGAGCAGAAAAUUUAAACACUGUAGGCAAGAUGCAGAGUUUACUAGGCUCACUUUUGUCACCGACUUGGAACAAAGAUUUUAUGCCAAGCUGGUCAAUACCUUCAAUUUCUCUUUGAUAUUUAUGAAAUUUGGUUUGAAAUUGAAAAAUUAAAUUUAGGUGCUAAACCUUUUUUUUUUUUUGUCCUUGUGACUAUUGAAGAAUUACCUGGUUGUCACAAUUUCUUAUAGCCGAAAAUCAGCAACUUGAUAUCUGUUUAUUAUUUUUUGAAAGUUGAUAAAAUAAAGACGUACAUCCGAAGCGUAGAUUCAGUCAAACUUUUAUUUGGAAUUUUUAAGCUAUGUAUUUUAAUCCAGUUUUGUUCGGAAAAAAUAUCAGAAUCGCUGUGCAUGCUUCCUGUUAAAAUUAACUGGAUUCCAUGGCAUUUCUAAAGAGAACAAUUCGUUAGAUCAUUCCUUGCUCAAAGUAGUCAUAGAUUUAACAAACAAGUCAAUGCAAAAUCUAAUGGAUUGGAUAUAAAAAGAAGUUGAAAGAAAUUUAUUGCGAAAAGAAAUCAUCAAAGUGAAAAUGUACGCCACUAGUGGCAAUUCAGGUCUUUUUUUUAUUUAAUUAUGUAUUAAUUGAUUUAUGUUUGUGCCCUCUUUUCUCAAGUGACCCACCGAAGCAUGGACGUACCACACCCUCCUAAACGACUUCUAGCUAGCCUCAACGCAAUAGAAAAAACAUCUUUUUUUCUCCAAUCCAGUCGAUUUUUUUAACCAACCAACGCACCCGCACAAACUCGUUGGUCCUGAAUGUAUACCUGUAGGCAUUUGAAUGAUGACCGCAUCCUUAUUGCUGGUUGACACAUUAUUUUUGUUUUUUGUUUUGUAGUUUGCCUUAUGUCAGAUAAUAUUUAUCAUUAGGAAAUAUUUUGUUAACACUCUGUUUGACGUGUGCUUUUCAUUCCAAGUGAACCCCCAGCCUCGAGAUUUUGCAAUGGUUUUCCCCAGAUAUUGAAGCAUAUUCGGUGAGAGGAGUUUCAAUCAAAUGAUUUUAUAGUCCUCUCCAAGUACGUUAUUGUCCUUCUAGUCUGUGUCAGGAGAUUUGCCAUCUUCAUUCUUGCAUUCACUAUACAUGCUAAACUGACGUCACAGGAUGUUUUGUUACAGUCUAAAAGUGUGAAAACUUAUUUGGCUUGGACUCGGGGAAAGUCAUGACAAAAAAUUGGAAAUCAAUUUUAACUCCAAAAUUUUGCCUUUAACUAAAAAUACCCUCUAAAAUGAAGGGUCCCGUCUCAUUAAUGGAAAA